AUGGCUGCCUUGAGAUCGCCAACUCCGCGGCUCGAACGGUUGCCAUGGGAACGAAACGAUCGUUCACAUCCGGGAUCUCAACUGACGUCACGCGGAAAGUCGUCUGAUGAGGGAAAGAUAAAAGGGUCGAGGAGAGUAUCACUGAGGAGAGUCAGUUUUCAUACGCCAAACAACGGCCUUUUUGGCUGUAGAAUGGACGAAAUCUGUGUUGUUGUUGACGAAAAACGGUUACAUAUACAAAAGAAUGUUCUCUCAGAGGGUAGCGAAUAUUUUCGCGCGCUUCUGGCUUCAGGAAUGAAGGAGAGUCAAAAGAAUCAGGUCGUGCUGCACGGAGUGUCACUUGCAGCUUUUCAGGUCAUCCUGGAGUUUUUGAUCUCAGACAACCUUUGCUGUAACGAUGUUUCGGUGGAAGAAGUCUUAGAUACAGCGGUGUUUCUUCAAAUGGAGGGUCUGCUGAAAUACGUAACAAGAAACAUGACAGUUGCCACCUGCGUUGCUUGUCUGCGAAUCGCCGAGAAACAUUUCAUUCCAUCGCUCGGCAACGCAGCAUAUAGAUUUAUGACGAGGCAUUACAUUGACCUGUUGAAAUCGGAAGAAUUCAACAGGCUCCCGACGCUGCAAAAGAGACGACUAGCGAGCUAUAGACGCACUGCAGUUCCACCUGCACCGUUUGAGCUGAACAACUCCAGUCAGCACUUCCAUCUUGCGGAAUACGAGCCCACUGCAGCACAGUUUAUGUGUGCGGUGGGAAAUUACAAUGUGGCAUCACCGAAAAGUCCUGACGACCCGCGCCCUCUUUAUGCUUUCAAUCACUUGGAAGCCGGAUGGCAAAAUCUAGGCAAAUUACCUGACGAACUCAGCACACAUGGUUGUUCUGUAUGCGUCAUACACAACUUCUUGGUCAUCUUAGGCGGAUAUACGAACGCGAAGAGGGACAGUCUACAAACAAAGGCAUUUGUUUAUGACCCCCUCUUCAACGCGUGGUCGGCUUUCCAGCCUCUUCCAACACCGAGAGCUUUGUUGGGGUUGGCAACGAUGGAGAAUCAUGACCUCAUCUUUGCAAUAGGUGGUUCCGUUGUGAAAGUUGACUCCAGCGGACACCCAGCCCCGGAGCCGCUAGCUUGUGUCGAAGUGUACGACUUGAGAAAGGGAGAAUGGAGGGAGGGGUCCAGGCUACCGAAACCAAUCGUCAGAUCGAACGCAGUCACUCUUUCAAUGGAGGGAAACAAGUGGGACAGGCUGACCGUCGUUCCCAGGAUACGGUUCGUGACCUCCAUGACGUCAUGGAGAGAAAAGCUGUUCGUGAUUGGUCAGAGGGCACAUGACUUCGAGGUCGACCCGAUGUGCUUUGACCUUGAGUCAAAAGAAUGGACGACGCUGUUGUAUCGUCUGCAUGUCCCUCAGCCUCUCAGAAAUGAGGGUACACCAUGUUUUGAUGAUUUUACCCUGGUGUCAAAUGGCGAAGAGGGAAGUUAUCUGUAUAUUCUGACUCAACAUAUGACGCAUAGAUAUAACCUUGCUGAGGAGAAAUGGGAAGAUUUGGGCUUCCCAGGUUGCCCCGCGUUGGGGUCAGCUAAGGUCAUGACCUUGCAGGUUCCAAUAUCAAAAUUGACACGCGUUCGGCACUGA